GGGAGCGUGCCCGGCGCCGCGCGGGGCAGACCGCGGCCGAGGGACGCCCUGGCGGCGGCGCCGCCGCCACGCCCCCAUGCCGCGCGGGGGCAGGCUCCAGCGCCGGGAGGAGGCUUGGCCCCUGGCCGUGGUAGCCGCCGUGGGCGUGACCGGCAUCGCCCUCCCCGGCACCCUGGCCGCACCAGCCCCGGCCCUAGCCGCCGGCGCACGCGCCCCAGCUUGUAGCUGGGGCGACCGUGGGCGGCGGCAGCGGCGGCGGACGGCCAGGGUGGUGCUGCGCGUGACGGGAAAGACGCCGAUCUCGCAGGGCUUGCAGGAGCUGCGCUCGUUCCUGCCCUCCGAGGCCGAGCCGAGCUCCAGGUGGCGCCCCCUGAUGGAGCAGCUCGACGACCGCCUGCAGCUGGCGGAGUCCCGGGCCGAGCGGGCGGAGGAGAGCUUCUACGCCUCGACGCAAACGAUGAGCCAGGCGGCUGGCCGGGCGAACUCGGACCUCGCCGACCUCUUCCUGUUCUCCCUCGCGCUCGUGGUUGGCAUCCUGAUGAUGUUCCUCGUCGGGCUGGUCAUCCGACUGUCCGCCCCCGAGGCGCCGAACCCCGAGCCGUCCCCUGGCGAGCGGGCGCGCGGCGCGGUCCUGCGCGCCCUCGGGGUGCCGCCCGAGCGGCAGCGGCAGGACCGGCGCACCCGCUACGGCAUCAUCGGCGUGCUCCAGUGGCUCUUCAGGCCGUCCAGGAACCUGGUGGCGGCCCGCGGCCAGCUGCCCAGCGAGCAGGCGACGCUGCCCGGCGAGUCUGGCAGCUUGCCAGAGGGGGAGGGCGACGCCUCCGCCGCGAGCCCCGACGCGCCGCCCAGCGUGAGCGCGUGGGACGUCCGGAUCCGGCAGCGCGCGCGGGGCAUGUCGAAGAACCGGCGGCGGGGAUGCCGGGGAGCCCCAGGCCUUGGCCGAGGUGCGGGCCGCUCUGCGCGAGGCCAGCUCGCCCGAGUGCCGGAUGCCGGGCCGCGCGAUGGCGGCGCUGCAGCUGCUGCUGGCCUGCUUCAAGUGCAGGGAGGACCAGCAGGCGGUCGCCACCGCCCUGCGCGCGGCGGCCACGGCGCUGCCACCGGCCCGCUGGCGCUUCAAGGAGGCCGUGCUGAGGACGCUGGUUAACCUGGGCGCAGACGCCCGCACCGUCGCGGCGCUGCUGCUCCACGAUCUGGACGACGGGCUGGAGCUGCCGUGGGCGUGCGUCGCGCGGGAGAUUGCCGGCUGCAGGGCCCUGGGGGACGAUGUGGUGUCGGUGAUUGAGGAAAAGAAACGGCUGGAGCAGCUGGCGCUGCUGCUCUACCUGCGGGCGCUGGCGCAGCGCGAGGACGCCGAGGAGGCCUGGCCCGCCGCCUCGCAGCUCCUGCGGCUGCUGUACCUGCGGCGCGCGCAAGACUUCCGCGGCGUGCUGGUGGAGAUCGCGGAGGUCGAGCGAAUGCUCCGGGACA